AUGAAUUCUUCGUCGGCUUUAACAGCUGAGAGCCCUUACGCUUCGUACCCUGAGGUUGAUUGGUCAUUCAUAUUGUCGCUCCCAAUCGAUGAAUGGGAAAAGGUGGUAAACCCACGGGACUUACGGCAGUUCGCUGAGGGAGUCUCAAAAGUUUAUUGGAACAAGGAUGAUAAACACUUCGCCGAUCGACAGUGUGCGGUUGCUAUCAUGCGUUUAUUGCGUAUUAUGGCAAAGGUUUAUCUUGACAAUGAAGAUCGUUUUCAGCAAGAGAACGGGUUCCUUCAACACGUGGUCCAAACUGUUUGUGACACUGAUGAAGCUUGUCGCAACCGCGUGACGCAACUCUUUAAGGAAAACGAGUACUUUAAAGUGGCGUUUCGGCACGAGGAAAACCAGGCAGGCGUCUGUGGUAUGCGUUCCCCACGAGGUGUCGAAUUGAGUGGGGGGCAUGGGGUGAGGCACAUCACAGAAAAAUAUGAUAAACACGCUAGAGAGUUAGAUCGUCUCAAGCAUGAGAACGAGCAACUUCGGCGCACUGCCCAGUUUUGUGAGGGUGAGAAAGCUAGUGUUGUGCAAGAAAAUGCAAAACUGCAGUUGGAGUACAAGCAUCUCGUGGCCAAACAUAAGCGAGUUAUAGAAAAGCACAACAGCGUAAAGGAAAUGUUGAGGGAGACACGUCGUUCGGAGGUAGACAGACUACAAGACGAUGAAUCAGAGCUAAAACGAUUGCGCCAAAAAGUGCGUGAAUUGCAGUUGGAAAACCAUAAUCUCAUUCAGCUACGUAACCGUGCCGAGGAGCUUUGUGAGCAGCGAGAGAUGGAAGCUCUGAAGGAUAUGACAGAGUUACAAAAGCUUCACCACGAGGUUGUGGAUGAGGAGCGUAACCGAGUCCAGAUACUAACCGACGAACUUAGCCGCAAGCAACGGGAUAUUGACCGUCGGGCAACACAGGUUGUAGUAGAGCGGCAGCGCUGUCCAAGCCAUCUAAGGGAAGAUGACGACAAACGCCACGACAUGGGGAAAAAUCUGCCGAUGUCGAACAGCAGCCUCGGGUUUGGGGCAAUGCAGAGUGGUGGUACCGCCAAACGCUCUUCACCAUCAGCUAGAAACUCUUCUAACCUUGCCGAGACGGGGCCGUUUCGUUUGAAGGCAAACAUAGAGGAACGUGAUACGCAGAUCCUCGUGGCAGACAUUCAACGUCUUCAGCAGGAAAAUGACCGUCUUUCAGUGGAGUUGCAACAGAUGGAGCUCCGAGCCGAAGCCCGUGAGGAAGAAAUUGUCAGGAUCAAUCGUCUUAUCAAAAAUUAUGAACGGGGCGAUGAGGGACUUCGUCGUCUCAGGUGUGAGCUUGAAACUUCAACCAGAACUCUGGAGCUUCUUCGUGAGGAAAAUUCUCAACUUCGAGAACGGCUUAAUGCGAUGACAGAUUCCCUGACGUUUUCUUCCGCGCUACAGGAACUGUGCAUCCGAGUUGGUGUUACGCAGGAGGAAAUCGAGCGUCUGCGACCGAGGUCCACCUUAUAUUGUAGUGAAGUGGAGAUGCUAAAGGCGGAGGUUAUCACACUUAAGGAGGAAGUUGAUUGGUUAGAACGCGAACGACGGCAUUGGAUGGACAGAGUUCGCCUUCAGCCGCUGCUUGACACUAAGCUACGACUGGAACUCGGUCUCAACCCCGAGCAACUGAAGCAGCUAGACAAAAUUGUAGGUCAGAUGAAGGUCGGUAGGGUAAUCGUUGAGGAGGCUGGGGAGGAAAAUUACAAAGAGAAGUACUUUCAGGAGCUUCGAUUGAGGCGGAAGGAGAUGGAACACUUUAAUGAUUUUGUGAAACAACGAAUGGAAGAGGUUUUGCGUGAACUCUCGGGGAAAACCGACUUCAGUUCCUCAGUAGAGGCAGCGUCUGCCCUACAGCGCUUACGCGACCGUGUCGAUAUUAUUGCGGCGAGUCGGGUAGCAGAUGAAAAUGGCGAAGGUGCUGCAGACACAUUACGCUUGAGGGAACAGCUUCAGAGUGCCCUCCAGCUUUUAGAGCAGUCCGAGCUCACUAUUAAGGACAACGCAGCCACACAAACAACUCUACGGGAGCAACUCGCCGCAACUACAGCCGAAAGAGACAUGCUUCUAGAUGAGCGUGACAAGUAUCGCUCAGCCUUCUUUGAGGGUCUGGUCUUCGAUGACACCGUGGAAGACAGUCCGCAGAUUCUGGAGACCAAAGAAGGAGCAGUAGACAACUUAGGCCCCUCCCGGAUUCCUUCGAGCGCAGAGGGUGCUUUCUCACCACCGUCCUUUCCUGAGGGUUGUAACUGUGGCACCCCUGUCCGCUCCAGUUCCCUAAACUACCUCAAACGGACCUUCGAGAAUCAAUUACGUAAGAAGGACGAACUCAUCACGUCUUUGAAAAGCACAGUUGAUGUUAUGAAGGACCAACUUUCCCAGCAGCACGCCGUACACGAGGAAAUGAAGCGAAAGUGCACGGAGGCGAGUUCUCAGCAGGAAGACGUCCGAAACCAGGUUGCUGCUCUGCAGGAAAUGAAUAGAGAACUGACAGAGAAACUGAAUGAGCGUACCAACAUUCUGAAGGAUGUGGAAGGCACCAUACAGCGUAUGGAAUCUGUGAAUACUCGGGAACUACUUCAAAAGAUUGUCUUGUUAAGGCAGCGCGAGACCAAACUCCUGCAGCGCCUGCGUCGUGUUAUGGAAAUGCAUGGGGAGGCCUCGAAGUCUGAGCGGUCCAUGCGUGAGUAUGUUAACACUGUCUUUAAAUCACUAAAGGAGGCACUUGAGAACACUUCUACAGGAUUUGUUCUCCCCCGGUCCUCGAGUAGUGUGUGUAUCGAGAAUGACGUCAUUGACGAGAUGCAGCAAAGGUUGGGAGGAAUUUUGCGUGGUAGACUCUUCAGGGAGGAUAGUACUUACCUUCUUCACCUACAGAGAGUGUAUCGUAACAUGGAACAUAUCGAGGAGCUUAAAGUUUUGCGCCUGGAGGUGCAGAAUCAAAGGGCACAUAGAAUUGUAAUAGAGGAGAAAUUAGAGGAGCAGCGAGUCGAGCUGGAGUGUCUGCGGAGGUUGCGCGAUACCGUAAGUGAGGCCAACGAAGUUAAGGAUGGUCCCGUUGUUGGCGGAGGUGUCAUCUCGUCGGUUACACGUUGGGAGUCGGAGGUCACAACUUGGCAGCAGAAGUGCAACCUCUACAUGAAACGGUGUGAGGAUAAAGAGCGAGAAGUGUCAACCAUAGAGGCUCAGCUUGGCGACGCCCGACGAGAGCUUGCCUUAUUGCAUGAACAUAUAGAUAACUCAAUUGGGAGCGGGACUGGUACGAGUGGUAGUGGUGUCCCGGCCGUCUGCAGCACCCCGCAAGACCAGCAGAACGGCGUCGCAAAGGAACAAAGGCAACAACAAGAGGGAGCAGCAAUUGGACAUAACCGAGAACUAGGGGGAAUCAUGUCGGAGGGAAGUAAAAUCUAUCAACUUGAGAGGGAGGUUGCGAGGCUGAAGUCCAUUAAUUUAGGUGUCCUUCACUAUUCACUCGAUUUGCAGGGGGAAUGUAAGCGUCUUGAAAUUGAGUUGGAAGCUACGAAGCAGGAGCUUUCACUGGUUCGCGAUGCAGGGAAUUCGCAGAGGUUAAGUGACUUUGUCUCAGCUGCUAUCCGACAACACUCAGCUCUUCGUUGUCAGAGUGAGUUGGCCGUUCUUCAGCUCAAACAAGCUCGGAUGCAGCUUCACGCCAUGGAGGCGAAUCUCAGGGUUGCUGUGAACGAAGCGACUACCUACAAACUGAAUGCCUUCCGUUUAUAUAGGAAGUACGUCGAGCAGACGGUGGCAGUAGUUGACUACGUGCGUAGUGAACAGCGCUGCUUUGCUGGUGCCUUAUCGCCCCAUCGUACGGAAAUACUACACAAACGUCUUAUGGAUGCCAUUACUGACAAUGAACGGUCCCAGGCAAUCCGGAGCGAGCUUGCGGCCCAGCUGGCAGAGGCAAGGGGCAACGCAGCACUGUUGCAGCAGCAGCUGGAGCUCCUUAAAGUUAAGGAUGGGGAGGGGCGUGUGGAUGCGCUUCAUGCGAAGCUUCUGGCGUCUUUGUCCGCUGUGCGUGAUAAAGAUGUGAAGAUAGUAGAGUUGCGGGAGGAUUGUAGUUUCCUCCAGCAGAAAUUAAAAAGGGCGGAGACGCACGUGCAGCAGCUGACCGAGGAGAUCAGUCGCCUGGAGCUCAACGGGACCACUCUUACAGCCGCUGAUGGGGAGGCUUUCAGAAAUCUUUUACAGUUGAAAGAGUCGGUUUUCAGUAAGUCCGAAUCCCCCGCUGUCGUCAUCCAGCAGGGCGAUUUCGGUCAACGACAUCAACACGAGGCUGUUGAUAUGGCCGCUCGAGAGUACAAUCAGGUUAUGGAAAAGCAAGGGGUGCUAGUGCAUGAAUGUGACCUUCUCAAAAAGCAGUUGAAGGAGGAGGGUAUUGCAGCACGGAAGGUGACUGCAGAGAAUGAUGCUCUAAAGGGUGAGGUCGGCAGACUCCGCGAGCGGCUACAGAACGUACAGCAGCAGUUGCAUGAUGAGCGGCAGCGGGCUGAAGAGCGCGAGAGGCGUGUAAUUCGUUCACAUGAAGCCCAAGCGGAGGUGUCACAUCGCGCUGCUGAGCACCAUAGUAGGUGUUUACAGGAUAUGCUGAAGAGCAAAGACAUGUGCAUUGAACAGUUGCAGGGACAACUGCAGGCAGAGCGCCGAAAAUACCUGGAGUGCCAGGUGGAAGAGUCUACGCGGAUGGAACGCUUGCAUGAGCGACUUUUCAAGGAAAACAGCGCCAUGGUUGAACGUUUCCGUGAGGCAAUCAACGGUGCAGCUGAGCAGUACGAAUACGGCGCCCAACUACCCGAUGCGGGGGAACCAGCCAGUGGGGUGUCUGAGCACGUCGCUGUACUCACGAAAGAAGUACUUCGCCUUAGGGCGGAGUUGAGAAACGCGAGGACUGCUAACAUAAUGUUGGAGUCGCGACUCAGUGACCAGGUAGCGGAUGCCCGACGGCAACAGCAGCAUUUUCCUUCGGUAUCUGGAUGCCCAACUGAAGUGGAAAGGCAGCACUCACACCGGACGCCACAGGUGCCGCCAUCAGGUGCGACACCUGCUGUUGACAUCAUAGAUGACCAAAGUGUUGUAAUAGCAAACUUACGCCAGCGGGAGCUCGCCCUCACCGACGAAUUGCAGCGGGCGCACACUGAAAGGGAUUUGCUGGCCCAGCAGUUGUACGAGGCACGAAAUCUUACAGUGGAACAGGGAGGUGUUCUCAAAAGUGUUGUAGCAGCAAAAGCAGCGAAGCCAGGUGUGGUAGAGACUGAACUGCGGGCUCAACUCUCAUUCCUAGAAACACAGCUUGCAGAAGCCCGAGAAAAGUUGGACGAAGAGAGACGAGAAGCUCGGCGGUUGCAGACGGAUACCGAUAAGUGGCGAGAGCAACUAGACUCGUUGCGUGAAGAAAUUAUAAAGCAACAGAACGACGUGGAGAGGGCGCGAAGGCUUGUUGCGAUGAACGAAAGAUUGAACGCGGACAUCCACCAUAUGGAAGAGCAGAAUGAAAAACUCAUCAUAGCGACGAACCUGCUGAAGCAGAGACUUGUUGAUGAAGCGCAGGAACGUGAUAGCAUUUCCCGUAAGCACCAACAUGAGAUGGCGUUGGCACAGCGGAUGGGAAACAUUCAGCAAGAGUCCAGUGAGCAUCUAAAGAGCGUCAACCUGCGGUUACAGUCUAUUCAGAAGGAACUCGAGGAGAAGGUUCGUCGUGAAGAAGAAACUCUUAGGAAGCAUGAGGAAGUUCAGCAACUGGCGUACGAACUUCAUCUUCAGCUCCAGGAGAAGGAGCAUGAAAUUUUGCGACUGAAGCGGGAACUAGCUGCACAACCCUCUAAGGUGUCGUUGCAGGGACGGCGGUCACCGAAGAGGAUGCAGGCUUCACACGAGAGAGGAACGCAGGUUCUUCAGACAGUUCAGGAGAAUGGGGAGGGUGAGGUUCUUGCCGAGGUGCCGUGGAAAGUGCAACAGCAACGACGUGAGGGUCAGGAGUUAUGCCAACGAGGCUACUUGGAAGGGCGACCUUUGGAAGUUAUGAAGUCUCCAAGGGAGCCUCUACUUCAUCCAGCCUUAGCCGACUGCACUAAUUGUAGUGCAACUCCUGUUGUAGGAUCUCACGUCAUUGACCAAUCCCAGGUGGCAGCCGUUGCGCGCAGUGAGGUUGAGGGAGCACAGCGAGACAAUCUGAACGAAAUAUCGUCGCUGCGCGCGUUAGUGAGUCGCCAGGCCCGUGACUUAAAAGAUGUCAGCGAGCAGCUUCGCGGUGAACGUGACAUCAAUAACACCCUUCGCUCUCAAUUGCUCAGCACCAGGAAGGAACUUGAGACUCGGGAACUCGGUGCGGUUCGGGAGACCGCCAUUCUUCACCAAUCCCUCGAUGAAAGGGGGAAGAGGCACCACCGGCCAUCCGGAGUGGAAAAAGGUCACUUCUCCAACCCCUCUGCUCUUGUUUCUCCACUGUUACAGGCAGCAGCAGGAUCAAACACACAGCUCAUCCAGCAAAUGGAGGCCAAAAUUAAGGAGAAUGAGGAGUUGCAACGUCAAGUGGAGAUGUUAAAGAGUCGCCUGGAUAGCCUUGACGAUGCAGCGCAACAGAUUGACUUCUAUAAGAAGGAGCUCGAGGAACUGCGCAGACGACAAGUUAACACCCCUGACUGUAUUCAGCCCACCUCUCCAGCGGGCGUGCGUGCCAGUAAGCGUGCUGUGUUGAAGCUGGAAGCAGUGAUUGAGUCUCUGCAGAGGGAGCUAAGAGUCGAGAACGAGGUGAGGUUCCGUAGUUUAGAACAACGUGUUGCGGAGCUAAUAGCUGAAAAUCAACGCUUGACAGUUGAACUAAAUCGUUAUCAGGUAAUACCGACAACAGCCGUUACUGCGCCGGCGCUCAACGUGUUAACUAGUAUGAAGCCCAGUGAUCAAAAUUCCCUUGAACGGGAGCUGCUGGAGAAGAAUGGUAUUAUUCUCGACCUUCGAUUUGAGCGGGAGGCUUUGCAACUGAAGGUAUCACGCCUUGAACGCCACCUCGAUGACGUCCUCAAGGCAGAUUCCAUUAAUAUGAGGGUUGGAGGGGCGCAUAAAGAGCGUGGUCGCGUGGAGGCACUUGAGACUUUGGUGGAGAAUAUGAAAGUUGUAGUAGAGCGCCUUCAACAGGAGAAUUCUGUCCUGAAGUCGAAAACUGUUAGCGUAGCCAAACAUAUGGACCUUGUGCGUGAACUAAGGGAGCUCCGAUCCAGAGAAAAGCAGCUUCUCGAGCAAUCCGAGAAGUUGUCGAGGCGUCUCUUAGAUUCUUCCAUGGGAGGAAGCGCCAUGUCGGAGCAACAGGCGAGAUUGCAGAAAAGGUUACAAGCUGCUGAAUUAACUGCGGAGAGGUACCGGACUGAGGUUCAAGAACUUAGACAACGUUUUAAGGACGUAAGCAGUGUGCAGGAGGGUGACACCUGGCCGUACUCUGAAUCCCAGCAGAAAGACUCUGGUGACGUCCAUGGAACUGAAGACCGCCGCUGUGUACAGCCGCUUCCUUCACUAGACAGUGAUUUACCACCUCCACUUCCAAGGGCCCCGUCAUUUUAA